GAUUAUUCGCUUCUUGAAGAAAUCUUCGGUGACAUUGAAUGCCUUAACCGUCAACUUAUAGACGCCGAAAAACAACUUUCUCGAUUUUUUAAGAUUUUAUCUAUUAAACGGGAAAACAAUUUUUGCGAUCUCCAGUGGUGCCAUUGCCAAGUGGAGCACCUUAUUGAAAGGAGGGCAAAGUUAUUAGCGGACAUCCAACAGUUAUCCGUAGGGUAAGUAAUUGAGUGGAGUUACUUUUUUUUUGUCAUUUACUGUUAUCUAGGAGCUUCCAGUAAAAAUAUUGAAGAGUUCAGAUUUUGGGGGAUCAUUAAGCCGGUGUGCCAACUGCUUAUUUAAAAAAGGAGAUCAAGCUCGUUUAUAAGGAAUCAAAAAUGUUUAUGUGUGAAAAAUGUAAUAAAUCAUUCGCUACUAAUAGCAAUCUUCGACGCCAUCUCAAAAAGUCAUGUAGAGCUCAAGAACCAUCUCCAAAGAAGCUCAAAGUUACACACGAUACCCAGAGAUUUUGCGAUGUGUGUUCGGAGCACGUUUCAAGCCGAGAUUAUGUUGGACAUUUGCGAAGUGUCAAACAUAAAAAUAAUUCCCUUGCGUUUUCAACUGAAGGGGUUCAAGUAAUUACGUCAGCCUUCAAAUCUCGCAUUGUGAGCUACAGAAUAUCAGCGAAUACACAAUACAUUAAUCUGAAGGAAUUUGUCGAAUCGUUGGCUGACGUAAUAAAAAAAUUAGUUCGUGAGCAAAUUGAUAUCAUGGGUAGCGUUAAGGUGAACUGCGAGCUGUUUGGUUAUUUUAUUUUGGAAUCGAAGGAUCGAGGAGAAGUUAAGUCUUUUAAUACUCGUAACCAAGUAUUGACGAUAAGUUCCGACUUAAGUGAAUGGUUUAAGGAUAUCAUCGAAAAACUGGAAGUUGACGCAACGGAAUUUGAACAUCGCGAGUCAGGAUGGGCUCUUCAGCACUGGUUAUAUAUGGAAGUGAACAUUAAUAAAUAUAACCCGCUACGAGCUUCUUCAUUCAUACCGACCCCUGCAUUUAUCUCACGCAAAAGAGCCAUUAUUAAUGUAAAGAACGAGGAUUUCGGAUGUUUUGGAUGGGCGCUAGUUGCAGCUAUUUAUACUCCAACUGGACAUCCCUGCGAACCGGAUUCGUAUCCGGACUAUUUAGAAAAGUUCAAUUUUGAAGGAAUAACGUUCCCGGUAAAAUUAGAUGCGAUAUCAAAAUUUGAAGAAAUGAAUCCCUUGUCCAUUAACGUUUACGGUUUAGAGGAGGACACACAGAAACAAGGUAAAAUGACAUAUAAAGUAGUAGGUCCUUUACAUUAUACCAAACAAAAGAAAGCCGUGCAUGUAAAUCUUUUAUACUUGUCUAAUUUAGAUGGCAACAGUCACUACUGCUACAUUUCUAAUAUGUCGCGAUUAAUUUCCAUGCAAGUGUCCAAGCACAAAGAAGCUAUUUAUCUAUGUGACGGAUGCUUGCAAUAUUUUACAAGUCAGGAAAACCUGUGGCGCCAUUCUAGAUUCGAUUGUAAUUAUGUUUGUACAUUUUUGCCUACAAAGGAACCUAUCUUGACAAAGUGGGGCCAGCCGUCAUUUGAUAAUCGACUUAAAUUUAAUAAUUACCAAAAUAAAGUCAAACACCCGUUUGUUGUCUAUGCGGAUUUCGAAUCGUUGCUUAAGCCCAUAGAAGGACCUCAACCGAAUCCUCUUCUUCAAUUUACUACCAAAACAUUUGAGCACGAACCAUAUUCGUUCGCGUAUUAUAUUAAAUGUUCUUUUGAUGAUAAAUUUUCAAAGUUUCAAAUUUAUCGAGGUGCCAAUGCUCCAGUGCAGUUUAUAAAUAUACUAGAGAAUGAUAUUCUAACCAUAUACAAUCAACAUUUUAAGCAAAGUAAACCUUUACAAAUUUUAACAGAAGAGGAACGGAGAAAAAUUAAUCUUGCCACAAAUUAUGGGAUUUGUGAGAAACCUUUUGUUGAGGGAGAUGUAAAAGUGAUCGACCACGACCAUCAGACUUCUUUCGUCAGGGCCGGAUUAUGUCAUUCUAUAUGUAAUUUACAGCUUCAAACCCCAAAUUUUAUCCCUGUAUUUUUCCACAAUUUGACCGGGUACGACAGCCAUCUUUUCGUUAAAUCCCUGGCUUUAGAGAAUGAAAAUAUAGACGUUAUUGCCGGAAAUAAGGAAAAGUAUAUUUCUUUUUCGAAGCAUAUUGUAGUAGAUCAAAUCGUGGAGAACGGAGUUCCAAAAAACCUAAUAUGGAGAAUACGUUUCGUCGAUAGUUUUCGUUUUCUGGCCAGUUCAUUAAAUGUUCUUGCUAAAAAUUUGAGUGAUAGCGAGUGCACUGAAAUUACAAAAUUUUUUGGAUCUGGACGUGAAUUUGAAUUAAUUCGACAAAAAGGUGUUUUUCCGUAUUCGUUUGUAGACUCAUACGAUAAGCUUAAUCUAACUACGAUCCCCAAUAAAAGCGAUUUCUUUGAUAUGUUGCACGAGCAGGACAUUACCGAUGAAGAAUACAGACGUGCUCAGGAAGUUUGGAAUUUAUUUAAUUGCCAGACGUUGGGCGAAUACUCGGACAUUUAUUUAAAAUCUGACGUGCUUUUAUUGGCCGAUAUAUUUGAAAACUACAGAGGCAUGUGUUUACGCGAGUACGAAAUUGACGCUGCCCAAUAUCUGACCGGUCCUAGCCUUAGCUGGGACGCUAUGUUAAAAAAGACGGAUGUGGAAUUAGAAUUACUGACAGAUAUUGACAUGCUUCAUUUUUUUAAACGUGGUAUUCGAGGCGGCGUCAGUACGUGCACCAAACGCAAAGCAAUCGCUAACAAUAAAUUUCUUCCCAAUUACGAUCCUUCCAAACCAAGCUCUUUUAUUAUUUAUCUGGAUGCAUGCAAUCUUUAUGGCCAUUCCCAAACACAAUUUCUCCCACAAAGUGACUUUGCUUGGCUCACACCCGAAGAAAUUCAAAAUUUUAAUGUUUUCGAAAUAUCAGAUGAGUCACCGAUCGGGUAUGUCUUAGAAUGUUGA